UUCCCAAUUUCAUUUUAAACUUUGUUUAAAUUAGUCAAUCACCUUCCAGAAAAAGAUUCAACAAAUCAACAUUUAUUACACUUAUCCCAUUCUUCUUCCUAAAAUAAUAAAUUAAAACAGGAUUACAUACAUACAUACAAUAGAGAUCAAAAUAAAAGCAUCUCAUUUUGGAUUUGGGGGAAACCACAAUAACAAAUAUGGGGAGGCGAAAGCUGGAGAUGAAACGAAUCGAGGACAACAGCGCCAGGCAAGUCACUUUCUCCAAGCGACGCAAAGGAUUGCUCAAAAAAGCCAAAGAAUUAUCUGUUCUCUGCGAUCUGGAUGUCGCCCUCCUUAUUAUUUCCCGCCAUGGAAAACUUCACCACUUCUCCAGCAAUAACAGGUUCCUACGCUUCCUCACCCUCUUUGCCUUUCUGACUGAGAUCCUGGAACGGUAUCAUAGUCAUAUUGAAGCAGAAUCAAGCCCCUCUACAGCGGUAUGUGAGUCACUGUUAGACCAGUAUUCUGGAACUCUACUGUUUAAAACAAAGAAGUGGAGCAUCUUAUUCCUGAAGCAAUUAUGUUUGAGAGUAUUGGAUGCUGUCCUGCUCCCAUGUCAGGUCGAGUGCUCCAAACAUUCACGUUCCGUCUCAUGUGGAGAGCUCCUCCAAAUUGUUGAAAGGGAUCUUGAAGAACCAUUAGUUGACCAGCUUAGCGUUACUGACCUUCUACAUCUGGAAAACGAACUUCAGGCCGCAUUAACGCAAACACGAACGACAAAGACACAUCUGCUUCUUGAUUCUAUAUCAAGCCUUCAUGAAAAGGAAAAGAUGCUGGUGGAAGAAAAGGGGGUUCUUGAGGAGAAGAUUGGUGGAAGCAUGACAAGUGGGAGGACAAAGAAAGUCAUACUGGACCUUAACAUCAUUCCUGAUGCCCAAAUGUUGAAAGAGAGAGCUCCAGAGCAAAGGAAAUGGAGGGAGAGGAGGGAGCCUACGUAGUGGACAACAAGGACAAUCAUUGAAUCUUAGUAUCUAUUGUCAGCAUUUCUCAGUGACACGUGACCGCCCCUUUCUCCACAAAUAGCAUGCCAAAUUUUUUAUACCUCAGACACCUAACCAUGAAUUCUCAUUUUUCCAAUUAUAUAUUACGAUAAGAUUAAAUAGACACUUC